GACGAGCCGUGUUGGUUAUGGCAUUUAUACCGAAUUGCAUCUUCUUUCGCAAGUUUUGCAAGAAGAAGAAGAAGAAGAAGAAGAAGAUGAUGAUGAUGACGAAGAGGCGGAGGAAGAAGCUUAGUCGUGGGUCGUUGCUCCAUUAUAGUCAUGGCUUCUCAGAGAUGUGAACUGAUAGUGCCAGCGAUCGUAAUCAUUAUUUGUUUAGAUGUAUCAUCCAUCGUCGCUACUGCCGCUGCCGUAGUGUGGAAUCCGAAAACAUCUAGAUACGUAGGUAGUUAUAAUUUGGACAAGGGACCGGUAUUUUACGAGGCGUACUAUCCGGACACUCGCGACGCUCAUCAGGAAAAACGACGCUACUUUGAUCGAAAUACGAUGUUGGAAACGAGUUUUCAGAUGCCUUUCGAGCGCUUUGUAUAUUCUGAAACUGCGGAUUAUCCUAUUUCAACCAAUGAAUCGUUUGCCGCUGUGGUUGAUGAUAAGGAGAUGUUACCGAAAGAACAACGGAAAACGAUAAAACCUCGACGCAAUUACGACGCUACGAGUCAUCUCGUAUCUUUCUCCAAUAAACAUUCAACAAUUUUCGACGAUGAUAAAAAUUUGCAAGCUGCGAAUAUCGAGGAAAUUUCCAAGCUCGUUAGAAGAGCGAUUUCUCGUGAUCUAGAGAAUUGGAACGCUCUUGAAGGAUAUCUCGAUCGUACUGUCCAUCAAGAUCGAUCGAUGCCUCAGCUGGACAUGUACUCUAGAGAAAUCCACAAAAGUGGAGAUGGUAGUUACAUAUUUCCAAUAAAUAAUCGUAGAUUUAUCGAAACGGAUUCGUCGAAAAGGUCGAAUUUCGGAGCGUUGUUGCCUCGAAAAUUGGAUGCGCGUGAUGCAAAACAAUAUAUAUUUCGACCUAUAUAUUUCGAUGGAGUCGAUGAAAGUACAGUAGGGAGCGAAAUGAGCGCCAGUCGAACGCAAGCUAUUGAUACUAUACCACCGCCGAUCGAUAUUAUCUCCAAUUCAUUACCUCCGGAGAACAUUUUUCAACCACGGCCUCAAUUAAUCAGAUACAUGUUUUUUAAGAGACCAAUACCUCCGCGGCUCGACGAACGCGGCGCCGACGAACAAGAUGAGAAGACAAUCGACCUGCAGUCUACACCACCAACUCACAAUGACAAUCUCAUUCGUCAAGGAAUCAUCGAUGACAAACGUGGCAGACGAGUAGGAGAAAAUGUCAAAGUGACGUCUAUCGAAAUAAGCCAACUGCCACGACACAAAACGCGUCAUCAUCACGGCGAGUGGCUUAAACGAGAUUAUUCUAUUCAUCGUCAUCGCUCGCAAUCCGCUGCUUAUCCGACUGUAUCGUAGAAAUAAAAACUUAUCUUAAAUUAUUAAAUUUAUACCGGUUUCCGUUAUCUCAUCUAUUAUUAAAUGAUAACUGAAUUGUGAAUUGUAUCAUCUCAAACGCACUAUUUAUUGAAUAUAUCUUGAACAAUGUACAUGCAACAAUUAUAUAUAUUAUAUCUUUAUAGCUUACUUAUACUAAAAACAUUUUCUGUUACUUAUUUUUACGAGUUUGUUAGUUGUAUCGCGGUUAAUUCUAACAAUACGUAAAAAAGCUCUCUUUGUCUAAUAUGUCAUUUUAUUACGCAAAGACGAAUUUAAUUCAAUUAGAUUAGCGCAACUUAGUUAAUGAUUCAAUCGUUACAUUUUUCUACAUUAAUCACACAGACUCGAUGAAAAUACAUUUUAUAUAUAAUCUUUUAUCAAUUUUUAAUCCAACUACAAAUAAUUACAGACCUCGGAUUGUACGCACAGUGAAACAAGCGUGCGGAUGUCUCUAAUUUAAGAAAUGUUUUUCCUGUACACUCCUAAUAAUUAUCUAUUAACCAUAAAGAUGUUAGAGGAAUGUUUACAUAUAACUCGUUCUAUAAUCGUAAUCCUAAGUUACUUGGGAUGCUCAUACGAAAUGCUCAUCGUAAUGUAAACCAGAAGUAACUACAUUCUUCUAUGUCAAUCAUGCAGAUAAAUACAAGGAUGAAAUCGCAAAUAUUUUACAGAGCCUAGUCUACUGGAACACAACCUUUUUUGGUGAAUAGUCUCAGUUAGCUACAUCUAUAAUUUUAUGAUUUUUAUUUCUUUGAGUUACUUCUUGAACGUUAAGCUAAAAUUCUUAUCUUAACGAAAAAAGUCUUUUUGCAUCCCUAUAAAAGAAUGGAUCUCUUAUUCGAUUAAAAAAAAUAGCUAUGACACAUUUAUGUACUAAAUUGAAGAAUAAAAGUAUUCUUUCUA